AGUCUUCUUCUGUCUCGCGCAGCCAUGGCGGACAGCGCGAGCGAGAGCGACACUGACGGAGCAGGGAGCAGCUCGGCUACCCCGAUGUCUUCCUCAGCUUCAAAUUCGGGAAAACCGAGCAUCGUCAUUUCCCAGUUUCGUCUGGAGGAACUGACGAACCGCUUGGCUUCGCUGCAGCAGGAGAAUAAAGUUCUGAAAAUUGAGCUAGAGACGUUCAAACUCAAGUGCAAAGCCCUGCAGGAGGAGAAUCGGGACCUCCGCAAAGCUAGCGUCACCAUUCAAGCAAGGGCAGAGCAAGAGGAAGAGUUCAUCAGCAACACCCUUUUCAAAAAGAUCCAGGCCCUGCAGAAGGAGAAGGAGACCUUGGCAGUCAACUAUGAGAAAGAGGAGGAAUUUCUCACCAAUGAACUUUCAAGGAAACUCAUGCAACUCCAACAUGAGAAAGCAGAGUUGGAGCAGCACUUGGAGCAGGAACAAGAGUUCCAGGUGAACAAGCUCAUGAAAAAAAUCAAGAAGAUGGAGAAUGAGACCAUUUCGAAGCAGCUAACCCUGGAACAGUUGAGGCGAGAGAAGAUUGACCUUGAGAACACAUUAGAGCAAGAGCAAGAAGCUCUGGUGAACAGACUGUGGAAAAGGAUGGACAAACUGGAGGCAGAAAAAAGAAUCCUUCAGGAGAAGUUGGACCAGCCUGUAUCUGCUCCUCCUUCCCCCAGAGACGUUUCCAUGGAGAUAGACUCACCAGAGAACAUGAUGCGGCAUAUCCGCUUCCUGAAGAAUGAGGUGGAGAGGCUUAAGAAAAGCUUGCGCACCACUGAGCUGCAGCACACAGAGAAGCGGGCCCAGUACAUAGAAGAAGAGCGACAUAUGAGGGAGGAGAACAUCCGACUGCAGAGGAAGCUUCAGAGAGAAAUGGAGCGCAGAGAAGCCCUGUGCAGACAAUUAUCUGAGAGCGAAUCCAGUCUGGAGAUGGAUGAUGAGAGGUACUUCAAUGAGAUGUCUGCACAGGGCUUGCGAGCAAGGACCGUGUCCAGCCCCAUCCCGUAUACACCCUCCCCCAGCUCCAGCCGACCCAUAUCACCUGGUUUGUCCUAUGGCAGCCACACAGUUGGGUUCACUCCUCCAGCUACACUGUCCAGAGCUGGCAUCGCCCACUACAACACCCCCGCCCUGCACAUCCACGGAAGCUCCUCCCAUGCCGUUGCGAGGCCCUCCCCUCGGAGAAGCGCCAGUCCUGACAAGUUCAAACGUCCAACACCCCCGCCCUCUCCUAACACGCAUACAGGGGCUCAACAGGCCCAGCCUCCGCUGCCCCCACCAGCCCAGCCGAUGGUCCAGUCCAUGUCGUCCCCGGCAGCUAUGUUGCAGCACACCGCGGCAGCACAGCAGCCUCCCUCCCAGCCUUAACGCCACACACACACACACACACACACACAGUCUGUCGCCACGCGUUAGGCCGCCCACUGAAUGCCACGAUGCUACCGCAACAGCAGCUUCCGUCAUUACAGCUCUGGAAGUUUCUCAGUCUUUAUCAAGUCCACAAAAGAAAGCAGCUUCAGACAGCCUGAGUGGAAGAAACGACAGCACAUCCUUAAUGAAAGUAGCUGUCUGCCAAUCCCUUAUGUGGCUCAUUUAACUACUCUUAAAAAGGAAUGGGUGGACUGAAAAAUAAUUUCUUCUGGGAUUUUUAGACCAAUUAUGUUCUUACUUCUGUCUUGUACAUUUUUUUUUCUUCCCUCUUUGCCCGGGACUUUAGCUGGUUGGAAUUGUUGUGGCGUUGCAGCGAUAGCACAAACAGCACGUGUGUGCUAUCACACAACAGCAUGGUUGUGUUUUCUGAUCAGUUGGGUGUUUGGAAUGAUGGAUGUGUGGCUGGAGAAACAGGUGACUCAGUGGAGGGAUGCGGUCAGUUCUGAUCAUGCCUAUGACGUGAUUGCAGUAAUGUCCCCCUACUCCCCUUUGCAGUGUAAAAAGGUUCACCCUCACCCCAAAUUAACACCUAGCUUUGAUUAGGGCCACGGGGAAGACUGUGAUGUUAGAGGCCAUUGGUCAAACAGCUUGUGCCACAAUUAUUUUAGUUUCUGAAAGCAUUCAAAGGUUCUGCUGCUCUUCAGUAAAAAGAAAAAGAUGGACACUGGUGCAUAAACCACAGAUAAAUGUCGCCUUUUUGAGGUGUUUAAAAUGUAGUCUGAGGUGUUACAACUUAGUCAUGUACUCAGUCUCUCUCUGCUCUCUGGUGUCUUUCUACAAGCUUCUGUCAUCCUUAAAGAUAAUCCUCAUCAGAAAAAGGAGAAAAAAAAGCUCUACACUAAAUAUACAUACUGCUCAAACAUUCUAUGUGAAUGGUACUGUUGAACUAAAUUUCUAUGUAUGAUUAAAGCUCUUGAGAUGACAA